UGCCCCAUACUUAAACGAGUUAAAUCCAAUUUAAAAAUUAUCACACAUUCAACAAUUUCAUACUUAUAUUACUCCGUAAACCACCUUUUUCUAGGACAAGGAAAGGAUUCUAGGCUCAACUUUUCCGACGAACUAGAUCGGAAAAUCGUCUGAACUCCCGUCAGUUGAAUUUACUAUCACUCACUCUUAGGUAUCUUUCUCUCUCCUCCAUUGAAGCUUACUCUGAGUUCUUCAUUGAAGCUUACUCUGAGGGGUUUUCUUGCUCAAAUAGGAAAAUGUAUAGAGUGAUUGGUGGGAAGAUCAAUUUCGAGGUUUCUCGACUGCAAGGUUUAAGGAGGUUCUAUUGCAAUGUAGGCGGUCCGGAAGUUUCUGCCUCAAACAGCUAUAUACAUAGCAAUGGAAACAAGGGAGAAAAUAAAUCAGAAAGCGAAAUUCAGCAAUAUGAUGUUGCUAUUGUUGGCGGCGGCAUGGUUGGCAUGGCUCUUGCAUGUUCAUUAGCAAGCUCUGCUUUAACUAGAAAGUUGAGCGUUGCCAUCAUUGAUGACAACCCUGCAUUGACAUCUGGUGGUUGGAUAAAUAAAGAGGAACCUCCUGAUCCAAGAGUCAGUACAAUAACACCAGCUUCUAUCUCCUUUCUUGAAAGUAUUGGAGCUUGGAAGUACGUUGAGCAGCAACGUCAUGCGUAUUUUGAUAAGAUGCAGGUAUGGGAUUAUACUGGCCUAGGGUAUACCAGGUACAAUGCUCGAGAUGUUAAUAAGGAGGUGCUCGGGUGUGUUGUCGAGAAUAAGGUGCUUCAGAGCUCCCUAUCACUGUGUAUACAGGAGAAGGAUUUCCGUAAAACAGUACUUCCCUCUAGAUUGGCUUCAAUGGCUUUACAGUCAAGUAUGUCAUCCAACAAGAUGGACAGUCAAUUAGCAAAGUUGGAGCUGGCUGAUGGAAGCAAUGUAGUAGCAAAAUUGGUGGUUGGAGCUGAUGGAGGCAGAUCACGUGUUAGGGAGUUGGCAGGGUUCAGAUCCUCUGGCCGGAAGUAUCCUCAAAAUGCAGUUAUCUGCACAGUUGAGCAUUCAUUGCCCAACUAUUGUGCUUGGCAGAGGUUUCUUCCUGCAGGACCAAUAGCACUUUUGCCGAUAGGGGAAAAUUUUAGCAAUAUUGUCUGGACAAUGAGCCCUAAAGAGGCUUCAGACUGCAAAGCCAUGACUGAAGAUGAUUUUGUGAAGGCUGUGAAUCAUGCAUUGGAUUAUGGAUUUGGUCCUCAUCCACAGUCAACUUCAAGUAUUGACAAAAUUUUCUCAAGCUUUAAGUCGGAUUCAGUCUCAUCUAAUGAAUCUUUUGAAGUUCCACCAAAGGCUAUCAAGUUGGCAACAGAAAGAAUGGUGUUUCCCUUGUCUCUAGUACACACUGAUACCUAUGCUAAAACCCGUGUUGCUCUCAUUGGUGAUGCUGCCCACACCGUUCAUCCUCUGGCUGGUCAAGGAGUUAACCUUGGUUUUGGAGAUGCUUCUGUUCUUUCAAAAGUUAUCUCUGAGGGUACUGCUGUUGGCAUUGACAUAGGACAGCUAUCCCUGUUGCGAAAGUAUGAAGCAGAACGGAAGCCAGCAAAUUUUAUGAUGGCUACUAUCCUUGAUGGUGUCCAGAAAGCAUAUUCAUUUGAUUUGGGACCGUUUAAUGCAUUAAGAGCUGCUGCGUUCCAUGGAGCACAGUACAUAUCACCUUUAAAGAAGAAUAUAAUCUUAUAUGCUUCUGGUGAACAAAAGCUUCCGUUUUUCUCUUGGAGUUAGGUACGAUGGUAGCGGGAGCUUCAGCUGUCUGCAAGUUUUUCUCAAUAUCUUGUUUACUGCUGGGAUUUCAUUUCUAAAGAAUGCUGUGUAUUUCACUUCAAAGGAAACUCUUGAUUAGCCUCUUGAGCAGCAAGAAAAUAAAAGACGCUAGUUUAUUAGUUUAGUUGUACGCUGUUAUGAUACUUAGGAUAAUAAUAAUAAUAAUGUGUAUUUCAGGGACCAACUUUGGGUCUUGGCAAUUAAUCAAACUUUGUUACUUGAAUAAUUGCAUGUAAGAUGUAAAUAUUGAAAAAAAAUAUGUAAUCACUGAUAGGUUUCGUAGUUUGUUGGACA